CGAGGCUUCUGCCCCUAACAAAGAUGGCCGCCUACCCGGUCCUACUCCGCCCUUUGGCUAGUAUCAAAUACCAGACUAUCUUUCACUUUCGGGUCACUGUAACGGGAGAUGGCGCCGAUUCCGAUUAAGCUAGACUGUCCUCUGCGGUCUGGCUGCCCGCUGGGGGUCGCUGCUGUCCCUAGACUCUGCCAGGAAUUCGGUCCUGAGGACUACGGCGAUGAGGACAUAGUGGAUUUUCUUCGACGGCUUGUGGAGAGUGAUCCCCAGGGCCUGCACCAGAUUCGGAUCCAUAUGGAUGGGAGCAGCAGGCGGCUGCAGCUGUGGCACCAUGAUGACAUCCUGGACCGUUUCUGUUAUGAGGGGAAAACGACUGGACAGAGUGAUGAGGAAGGCAAGGAGGCUGAGAGACUGGGCACUUACUGUGGUCUCCAGAAGUCCUUCCUGGACCCUCCACGAGGAUCUAAGCCCUCCCCUCAAAGCCCUUCUGCCUCGGCAUCCUUCCCCAGUGACUCGGACAGCCUGCUCCAGGUGGCCAUGCCUCAAAAGCUCCUGCUGACUGAAGAGGAAGCCAACCGCCUGGCUGAGGAGCUGGUGGCUGAGGAAGAGCGCAUGAAACAGAAAGCAGAGAAGAAACGACUCAAGAAGAAGCGUCAAAAGGAUCGAAAGCGAAAGGGGCGCUUGGAGCAGGAUGGCGGGGAGCCCAACGUGAAUGUCUACAGGCAGGCUGAGGCUACCCCAGAUGGGGAUGGGAGCCCCCCGCCCAGCUCCGGGAACCCGGCUCAGGGAGAGUGUGGUGAGGAUGAGGACCCACUGGAUCUGUCCAGCACCUUUGUGUCUCUGGCUUUGCGCAAGGUUGGACAUUGGCCCCCCGGUGCCCGCAGAGAAAAGAGACUGAGCCAGGAGCCCCAAGGCGGGAAGCUGGCUUCCCAGCAGAAGAUGAGCCAGGAGGAAGGAAGCCCUCCAAGAGGGGAGACCCCUGGGCAGAGUCCUAAGGCAGAGGCAUCUCCAGAGCUGCUAGCAGCUGCCUUACAACAGAGCCAGGAGCUGGCAAAGUUGGGUACCAGCUUUGCCCAAAAAGGUUUCUACCACAAGGCUGUGGUCCUCUUCACCCAGGCCUUGAAGCUCAACCCCCGGGAUCACCGGCUAUUUGGAAAUCGUUCAUUCUGCCAUGCGCGGCUGGGCCAGCCGGAGAGGGCGCUAGCUGAUGCCGAGGUGGCCCUUACCUUGCGGCCCGGCUGGCCCCGGGGCCUCUUCCGCCUGGGCAAGGCCUUGAUGGGGCUGCAGCGUUUUGAGGAGGCAGCUGCUGUGUUCCUGGAGACUCUGAAAGGCGGGUCCCAGCCUGAUGCAGCCCGGGAGCUCCACUCUUGCCUUCUGCAACUCGCUCUGCAGGAUCAGCGAGGAGGAAUCCCUGGGCCAUGUCUGUCAACUGGCUUCCCCCAUCCGUUUCCUCAUGUUGAGCUGCGGCCUUCAGGCCCCCUCUCCCUCAGUUGCCCUCAAAGCACUACCCCAAGGGCCCCUGGCCUUCUGUCUCCCCCCUUGCACUAUCCCCCACCUCACCUGAGCCACUCCAGCUGGCCCCUCCCCCAGACUCAUCAGGAUGUCCAUCGGGAUAAAUGAUCUUGCUUCAGUUUCCUCAUCUGUAAAAUGGGGGCAAUCCCUACCUCACAGGGCUGUCAUGAGGACUGAAAGAGAAAGUGCGAGAAAAUGCCUACCAAGUGCCUGGUACUUAGUGGCUGUUAAAUAAACUGAUUUGCACCUGCA